CUCGGCGCCGCCCAGUGAGGCUGCGGCGGCAGCGGCGGCAGGAGGAGAGGAAGCGAGGGGGAGCGGGGGCGCCCCGGCCCGGGCAGGAAACAUGCCACAUGUUUAGCUUUGUAAGAGAAGCAUCCUGAAGAGGUGUGAAACUUUUAGGGUUCAUGAGUCAGCAGUUGCCUGUUGUUCCGCUGUUUGAAGGACAGCAGAGUUGCUGGUGGUAUAGAGAACAGCAGUUGGAGUGGUCAGGGAUGGAGCAACUACCCUGAGGAGAGACUAAGAAGGCUGAGACUCCUGAAAGAGUGGAGAAGGCUGGGGCCUUUGACUAUAUGUAAAAGCAUGAAGGUGGUAGUGAACAACCCUAUACCUUCCAACCUGAAGUCAGAAGCUAAAAAGGCUGCUAAAAUAUUGCGAGAAUUUACAGAAAUAACUUCCAGAAAUGGACCAGAUAAAAUCAUACCACCUCACGUAAUAGCUAAAGCCAAAGGCCUUGCAGUCUUGUCUGUUAUCAAAGCUGGAUUUUUGGUGACUGCUCGAGGUGGAAGUGGAAUUGUAUUAGCUCGUCUUCCUAAUGGAACCUGGUCUGCUCCCUCUGCAAUAGGAAUUGCUGGUCUUGGUGGUGGAUUUGAAAUUGGAAUUGAGGUCUCAGACUUAGUGAUAAUACUGAAUCAUGAAAGAGCAGUAGAAGCUUUUGCCAAAGGAGGAAAUCUUACACUUGGAGGAAAUCUUACUGUGGCAAUUGGACCUCUGGGGAGAAACUUAGAAGGGGAUGUUGCCCUGAGAAGCUCUGCUGCUGUCUAUACAUACUGCAAAUCUCGAGGGCUGUUCGCAGGCGUAUCUCUGGAAGGAACCUGUUUGAUUGAAAGGAAAGAAACAAAUCGCAAGUUUUAUGGGCAGGACAUCCGUGCUAGUGCCAUCCUGCUUGGUGACGUGCCUUUCCCUGCUCAAGCAGAUGAUCUUUAUGAAACUCUAGCAUCCUUCACUGAAGUGUAUGAAAAUGAAGAGCAAAAAAAUAAUCCAGGAAAAUCUGUAAAUGACCGACCUGCUAGACCAUCAACCAGACCAGAGCUGCCUAAACCCACUGUUAGACCUACACCACCAGCUAAAAAGAAUACCAACAAACUUUAUCCUGAACUUCCCAAUGAUUAUGCAUCUGGAGAUAACUCUCAGAGUGAUCCAGUAGAAGUGACAGCACUUUAUUCAUUUGAAGGACAACAGCCAGGUGACUUGACUUUCAAAGCUGGAGACAGAAUCACAGUGACAACUAAAACAAAUUCCCAGUUUGAUUGGUGGGAAGGAAGAAUAGGAGGAAAAACUGGCAUCUUUCCAGCCAAUUAUGUUGCCAUAAGUAACAACUAAAUUUGUACAGAAUAAAAUGUUGAGGCGGUAAUAUAUGUACACUGAAAAAUAUAUUUUAACUUUUCAGAUUUUAUUAAAAUGAGAUUUUAGAUCAAUACUAUUCUAACAAAAAAAAAAAAAGAUUAAAUGCUUUGUAUGACCAUAACUUUCCCCUACAUUUAUUUCUUAAGUAAACAGUAGGUGAUAGUCAAUUUAUGAGAGUUUUAUUUUUGAGCAAGUUGCCCCAAAAAGUAAUCCAAUUUGUGUAUAGGUUCAAUUCUGUCUUGCUAUAUGGUUUACUUUUUUACAUGAGGGAAAAAUUUGGAACAGUUUAGAAUUAAAUAUGCAGGAAAAAAAAGUUGAUUUCUAUUAAAUUGUAAUUUAUGGUCUCGUUCCUUAAUAAAUGCUCUUAAAUUUGCUUCAGA